AUGGAUUGUGAAAACACAAAAAACGCAUAUUAGGAAGCUUACGAUAGAGCAACUAAUCCAGACACAAGAGAAGAGUUUUGGAAAGAGUAAUUAGACCUUGUAGAGUGGUUCAAGAAACCAUCUGUUAUACUUGAUAAAUCUCAUUAGAAUCCAGGUUUUUGGCGCUGGUACAAAGACGGAGAGAUAAAUAUAUGCUAUAACGCUAUUGAUCGCCAUGUUAUUGAAAUGCCUAAAAAGCCAGCACUUCACUGGUACUCUGCAUACUUGAAACAAGAGUUAACUUAUACUUGGGCAGAUCUUCAUGAAUAAGUUUCUAAACUUGCUGAUGUUUAUACUAAGUUAGGAGUAACUAAAGGUGAUAGAGUUAUAAUUUAUAUGCCUAUGGUUCCAGAAGCUGUAUUUGGUAUGCUAGCUUCUGCACGUAUUGGUGCUAUUCAUUCUGUUGUAUUUGGUGGUUUUGCAGCAAAAGAGCUUUCUGGAAGAAUAACUGAUGCUAAGCCAAAGUUAAUAUUGAGUGCCUCUUGUGGUAUUGAACCUCAUAAAACAAUUAAUUAUAAAACUAUUCUGGAUGAGGCUAUUCAUCUAUCAGGACAUAAUGAUCUAAAAGUUCUUCUUUUGCAAAGAGCUCAUUAAACUACUAAUCUUUUAACUAUUGGCAGAGAUUAUGAUUAUCAUACUGCUAUGCAAUUUGCUAAGCCUAUAGAUUGUGUUUCAGUUACUGCAGAUCAUCCUCUCUAUAUCCUUUAUACAUCAGGUACAACUGGACAACCUAAAGGAAUAGUUAGAGACACAGGUGGUACAUGUGUUGCUACUUCUUGGACUAUGAAACAUAUCAUGGAUAUUCACAAAGGAGAUGUUUACUUUUCUGGAAGUGAUAUUGGUUGGGUUGUUGGUCAUCAUUUCAUUGUCUAUGGUCCGCUACUAAGAGGUGCUACUACUGUCCUUUAUGAAGGAAAGCCUACUGGUACUCCUGACCCUGGAUGCUUCUGGAGAUUGAUUGAAAAAUAUAAAGUCAAAGGUCUCUACACAGCUCCCACAGCACUCAGAGCUAUUAGAAGAGAUGAUUUAAACGGUGACUGGAUUAGAAAAUUCGAUACAUCAUCUUUGUAGAAUGUUUCUAUGGCUGGUGAAAGAUGUGAUGUCCCUACUUAUGAGUGGAUUUAAAAAAAUUUAGGCGUUCUUAUUAAUGAUAACUAUUGGCAAACAGAAAUAGGGUGGAUCAUUUCUUGCAAUUAUAAGAAUCUAUAUACCUUCCCUGUAAAACCUGGCUCAGCAGUUAAGCCUGCACCUGGUUUCAAGGUUGAAAUUCUAGAUUAAGACAAUCAUGUUAUUGAAGAACCUGGAAAAUUAGGUAGAAUUUGUAUUAAACUACCUAUGCCACCUUCAUUUAUGUUAACACUCUACAAUAACGAUGAAGCCUUUAUUAAAAAAUAUCUUGCCGAUGCUCCUGGAUACUACCAAUCAGGUGAUUGCGGUUACUUUGACUCUGAUGGCUACUUGAAUGUCAUGACUCGUUUAGAUGAUAUCAUCAAUACUGCUGGUCAUAGAUUAUCUACAGCUGCUAUGGAAGAAUCACUCUUAGGCCAUGAUGAUGUAGUUGAAGCUGCAGUUGUUUCAAAAGUAGAUGAUUUCAAAGGUGAAAUUCCUAUUGGAUUUGUUGUGAUUAAGUAAGGCAGAAAUCCAGAAUAAAAGAAACUUGAAAAAGAAUGCAUCGAAAUCAUAAGAAAAGAUAUUGGACCAGUUGCUUCUUUCCAUCAUUGCAUUAUUGUUGAAAAGUUACCUAAAACUAGAAGUGGUAAAACACUUAGACAUACUCUUAAAAAAAUAGUAGAUGGAUAAAAAAUCGAUAAGAUUCCCCCUACUAUCGAAGAUGCAAGCGUGCUUGAAAAGAUUGAAGAAAGAGUAAAAGAGUAUGGAUUACUUAAUAAUGCUAACAAUACUUUAGUAUUUAGAGAUUAGGUAGAUAAUGUUGUUGAUGAUAUUGCAACACUUACCAAAGAAGAAAUUUGA